AUGGCGGCGUCUUGGUCUUGGCAGAGACUGCUCGGCUUCCUGCGGCCGCUACCGCCACGCCGGGCCCUGCACACUGCCCACCCGGGCUGGGACGUGCUGCUCUUCGAGCACGAGCGGGGCCGCUUCUUCACUGUCCUCGGGCUCUUCUGUGCGGGCCAGGGCGUCUUCUGGGCCUCCCUGGCCGGGGCAGCCUUGGCUCGACCACUGGCUGCAGAGAAGAGCCCAGAGCGCGGCCGAACCGACCUGCGCACUGCGCUCUGGCGCUACGGGCUGGCUGUCGGCUGCGGCGCUAUCGGCGCCCUGGUCCUCGGCGCUGGUCUGCUCUUCUCCGUUCGCUCUGUGCGCUCUGUGAGGCUGCGGGCUGGAGGGCAGCAGGUCACCCUCACCACGCAUGCCCCCUUCGGCUGGGGGGCUCAUUUCACUGUUCCCCUGAACCACGUCUCUUGCAUGGCCCACCGGGGUGAAGUCCCUGCCAUGUUGCCUCUGAAGGUAAAAGGCCGCCGCUUCUACUUUCUCUUGGACAAAUCUGGACACUUCCCCAACACGCAACUCUUUGACAAUACUGUGGGUGCUUACCGCAGCUUGUAA